AUGACGGAGCUCUCGGCGGUAAGCUUCAUGACCACGCCGUCCAGAGUCUCGCUGCUGGACGACCGCUCAUCAGUGGGCACGCUUCUGCCUCAUACUUCGGCGAAGGUGGUCGACGAAGAUAUGAAUACUCUUCCUCCAGAUACUCGAGGCGAACUUCUGGUAUCUGGAUAUCUGGUCUUCAAGGGGUACUACAGCAACGCAGAGAAGACGAAGGAGGCUUUGGUCACUGACGGACAGGGACGCAAGUGGCUACGGACGGGCGAUCUCGCCACGUGGAGUCCCUCCGGCGCAUGCACUGUUGUCGGACGGUCGAAGGACAUGAUCAAAAAGGAGCUCCACCCCGGCAUCGCGGCCGCAGCCGUAGUCGGGGUCCGCGAUGCGCGCUGGGGAGAGACGGUCGGCGCGUUCCUGCAACGCCAGCAGCACGACUUCAACGCACAGAGCAAGGACGUCAAGAUCUGGCUGCGGAAGCGGAUUGCGCCGCACAAGGUGCCCGACCACUUGUUCUGGAUCGGAGAAGACCCGGGCGUCCCGGGCGAAUUUCCCGUCAAUGCCAGCGGGAAGGUGCUGAAGAAUGAGCUCGGUGUCGUUGCGAAUCGGCUCCUGAACAAGGAGGAGGCCUAG